CAAUUAUCUUGCCACCUAAAAGAACUGUCAGAAAUUCCAUCAACUUCCGGCUCUGAACUGUGUUCUUUCCUUUCUCUCUUUUUCCGUCAUAAAGCUGCGGCUGUUGAAACACAUUUCGUAAAGUUUGCGAUAAUUUUAACAAAAUGUCGGAUGUCGAAGUUGAAGCCCCUGUCGCUCCAGUUGACGGAACGAUGGAUGUCAACACAGCCCUCCAGGAAGUACUCAAAAAGUCCCUGAUUGCCGAUGGACUGGUCCAUGGCAUCCACGAAGCCUGCAAAGCGUUAGAUAAGCGCCAAGCUGUGCUCUGCAUUCUAGCCGAAAGCUGCGACGAGCCACAAUAUAAAAAACUCAUCACGGCUCUGUGUAACGAGCACCAGAUCCCACUUAUUCGCGUCGACUCGAACAAGAAGCUGGGCGAAUGGUCCGGUCUGUGCAAGAUCGACAAGGAAGGCAAGCCCCGCAAGAUUAGCGGAGCGUCCUGUGUUGUGCUCAAGGCCUACGGUGAGGAGACCCCAGCACAUGACGUCAUUCGGGAACAUCUGAAGCAGCUGAGGCAAUCAAGCUAAACAAAAUAAGUGAUCGCAAGAAUGUUUAUUGGGGAAUAUAUAAGGUGAUAAUCCAGUAAUUCCAGA